GGCCGGGCUGGGGUCGGGCCCGGAGCGGGGGAGAGCCCAGGGCCGGCAACCGGAGCGUGCGGGCUGGCACCAAGGGAUUGAUUGGCUGCGGGCCAGCUAGGGGCAGGACGCUGUCGUUUGGCAUUGGCUGCCAGCCGGCGUGGCGGCUCGGGGAUUGGCUGGAGUCAGUGGGGGAGGGGCUUCUCACUAGGCAGCGGGAAAUGACUGACUGGCAGCAGGGAGGGCGAGAACCGUUACUAGGCAGCGGGAGACGCAGUACGACCAUUGGGUGCGACAAGACGAGGGAGAGGCGGGUCGCCAAGCAGCCGGCAAUGCGCCCUGCGGAUUGGCUGGAGGGAGGCAAGGGACCCGCCGCUCGGGGAUUGGCCGCAGCUUGACACCAAAACUGCUGGACUUCUCACCCUGUGAAAUUCUUGUUCCCAGAGUGCCUGGGCCUGGAGUCCUCCAGGAGAUUCCAUCGAAUUCAGUUCGGAUCUCAGGGCCAUUUACGUGCGAGUGAUGAUCGCAGAGAUUGUGAAACACUUUCAACCCAAACUUGUGGAAAUGCACAACUACAUCCCGACCAGCAACACCGAGCAAAAGCUGAGCAACUGGAGCACCCUCAACAGGAAAGUGUUCCCUAAACUACGCUUCUACGUCUCGGAGGAAGACAUUCGGAAGGUCGUCAUCAGCACCCCGGGAGCCAUUGAGGCUGUGCUGUCUACAUUGAGGCAGAAAGUGGAAGAAAAAUGCCAAAGGAAGACCGUCCAGGAGGCCAGGCUGAACACCAAGGACCCCAUUGGAUUUGACAGCAUCAACAUCAACAGACAUUUGGCAGAGCUGGAAAACUGCAAAUCUGCUGAAUGCCUGACUAACAGAGUGCCCUCCGGCAAGAAGACAAUUCCCAGUCAGAAAGGAGAGGAGAGAGCCAGUGAGCACUCUGGAAGGCAGGACUCAGGCUUUGGCCAGUGCCCACACACUGAGCCCAACUUCCAGCAGUUACUGGAGGAGAAGGAGCAGGCUCUCACUGUGCUACAGGAGACAGUGCAGAUUCUACAGAUGAAAGUGCACAGGCUUGAACACCUGGUCCAGCUGAAGGACAUGAGGAUCGAGGACCUGACCAGACACCUGAACACCUCCAAAUAAGGAGACUCGGGCGGCUCGCCUGCCCCGGCAGGGCCCCAGCCUGGCCCUCUGGCCUGAGAAGAACUGGGGGGUCUGCUUGUCUGCAGCUUCUUCUCCUCAGCGGCUGUCCCUGCCCCAGGCGCUGUCUCCCUCCCUCCCUCCCUCCCUCCCUUGCCCCCUUCCCGCCUCCCUC